GUUUUGUAAUAUUUAUAAUUUUAUUCUAUUUUGUCGAAUUUAAUACCUAAUUAACUUUUCUUUAUAUUCUUAAUUUUAUUAAGCAAAGAUGAAUGAUGAAUACGAACAUCCUGACGAUAAGCUAUUGUAUGUAACCGAAAAUAUUUUACAAUACUGUGAUAAUAGUGAAGAGUUUAUGCGACUGCGAGAUGUAUACAAUUCUCUUUACCAACAAUGUCAAUGUAAAGAUAUAUGUUCCCCAUCUACAUGUGAAUGUAUUCAAAGAUCUCGUGGUGCCAAUUAUGAAGCUUACCAGAAAGAUGGUGAAACUAAGUACAAACUUAUUUCGAGACCAGAACCAGAAUCAUAUCCAAUUGUGGAGUGUAAUGAUAGUUGCGAUUGUGCUGUGGGACUGUCUGUGUGUGGAAAUAGAAUUGUACACAUCGGCCCAAUCGAAGGUCUAGAUAUACGAAGCUGUGACAAAGGUUACGGACUGUUUGCAACAUCCCCCAUAACUGCUGGUACUUUUGUAUGUGAAUAUGCUGGGGAAAUAUUAACUGCAACAGAAGCUUCUAAAAGUCAUGAUGUAAAUAAGAGGGAGGGCAAACCUAAUUACAUUAUGUGUUUAAAGGAACACUAUGGUAGUAAUACUAUAGUCACUAUUAUAGAUCCAAGUACUAUAGGUAAUAUUGGGAGGUACAUAAAUCAUAGUUGUGACCCUAACUGUCAUAUUGUGCCUGUUAGAAGUGGAAGCUGCAUACCUAAGCUUUGUAUAUUUGCUUGUAAAGAUAUAUCUCCUGAUGAGGAAAUAACAUUCCAGUAUGGGUCAGAUGAUGAGACAGAGAAUGAAAGUGACCGAGUUAAAUGUUUGUGUGGAGCACAGAAUUGUCGUGGGUUUUUACCUUACCAUAAUUAUUAACAUUGGGAAUUAGGAAUGCUCAGUACCCAUAAUACGAGUUCGCUUUACAUUGAAUGAAAAUGAAACAAGAGUGCGUUCUGCUCUCUUAUUAGUUGGUUCAUUCGCGCCGGCGUAAAGCAAACUCGUACUAAGGGUACUGAUAUUUCAUUACUAUCACUACAUUGUAUAAAACGAAAUUGCUUUCCGCAGUCUGUGUAUCUGUAUGCUUAUAUGUAUAAGUAAGCAAUAUACUUUAAUGCAGUUUGUUUUAAUAGAUACAUUGUCAAGGAAAAGGAGUAUAUAAAUAAUACAGGCAUAAUAUUGUAGAAAAAUAUUAACACAUUCACUGCCACAAUUAUUUUUUUGAAGUUCAUAGCGAUGCCGCCCUGAGAAUAUACUGAGAAUUUAGGACACACCUGGCGUGUUCAAGGCGUAGUUAUAAAAAUUCUCAAGAACACGCUUGGCGUGUUGGUGGCAUUG